AUGGCUCCGAAAAAAGAGAGAGCCCAAAAUAUGGAGAAAAAGAAGGCAACAAUUGGUUCAUUUUAUUCUCCCAAAGCUGCAGGCAUAGAACUAGAGAGGCAACGAAAGUCUCUGCCUCUAGAAAAUGCCCAACUUCCAGCACAUCAGUUAUCAAAUAUAUCAGAGGACGACUUACCACACCUGUCAAAAACCCCACAGGGAUUGACGCAACAACUUUUAACCCAAUUGCUGGAUAAUUUACAUAAAAAGAUCCAAACGGAUAUUGAAAACAACUCUAAAGAUAUCAGAUUGGAAAUUGCCACUCUCUCUGAGAAACUCUCAAAUCAAGCAAACAUAUUACAAAAAGUACAAGAGGAAUAUGAACAAAUUAAAACAUCUAAUAUACAGUUAGAGAAGAGACUGCAGGAUAUUGAGAUCAAGCUGACUGAUCUUGAGGAUCGUUCAAGGAGAAACAACGUAAGAGUCAGAGGCAUACCGGAAUCAAUUUUACAAGAAGAUUUAUAUUUGUAUUUGAAUAACUUCUUUUCAAAAAUAUUAUCCAGACAGACGCUGGGCCCUGAGACAUUUGAAAGAUUUCAUAGACUGGCAAGAUCAAAUGGAACUGACAAGUCCUAUCCAAGAGAUGUUAUGAUUUGUUUCGCUAGUUUUUGGAUGAAGAACCAAAUAAUGCAGAAGAUAAGGAACGGGAUCCUGGACACUGA